GCCCGCCUGCACUGACCAUGUCUAUUGAGCCCUCCAUAGCCCGCAACGUCCGUGAACGCAAAAUGGGCGUUCAUGGCGGGCUCGAGGACGCUGAGUAAGGCGGUGACACUGAAGAUCUCUGCGCUUGAAGUUGAAUUUUUGACGAUAUAUAUUCAUGACAGACGAGGGUGAGUUGGUUGACGCCGCCCGCUUUGACGAGCAGCUGCCAUCAGGACCCACUCGUCAGUUCACAUCGAAUCUGCAUGCAUCUCAGCGCGCUCUCGCCUGGCAGCUCCAUCACAGAUCCAGCAUAGUCUAUCUUACUGUAAAUCUGGUUUAUUUGACGCGGUCGACGACAAUGUUGAACGCAUUCUUCGUUGUCCUGGCAUUGGCGGAGCCUGAGGCCCUGAGCCUGGGCGGGAGUUGCCGCGUGAUAUCGCUGCAAUCGUUGCUUGCACCGGCGAUCCUGAUUCCCAACCGUUGGGGGAGAGUUGCACCAUACAUAUACCUUCUCCUCGCUGAUCGUCAUCUAUCGUUACUCCCACCAUGUCCAAGUCCAAGUUCGAUAAGGCCGUCGAGAUUGUCCAGUCCCUCCCCAAGGAGGGGCCCAUCAAGCCUACUCAGGACGAUCAGCUCUUCUUCUACAAGUACUACAAGCAAGCUACUAUCGGCGAUGUGAAUACUCCCAGACCUGGGCUUUUGGACUUCACGGGCAAGGCCAAGUGGGAUGCUUGGAAAUCCGUUGAGGGAACCUCAAAGGAAGAAGCGUACACGAAGUAUGUCGAGAGACUCAUCGAGGUCCUCAAAACUGCUGGCACUGAGGAAGCCAACGCAUUCAUCGCGCAGAUCGAGGCAGCGUAAAGUUCGGAUGAUCAAGAACAUGCAGACAAUCAUCAUGUAUAGAUGUACAAUAUGUUUCAUAGCGGCGAUGUACAAUUGACGAAGAAUGUUCUCUGACACGACAUCCUGGCCUGCAUCGCACCAACAUUAGGGAAGAUUCUACUCCUGCAUCACUUCUAGGGCAUGCGCAUAGCUUAAGAUGACAACACCCCUUGAUGUGGCUGCUGGCCAAAAGUCAGGCCAUGUCCUUCGGCCAGAAUGCAAUGCAACUCCGUUGGGCAAGGCUUGGAACGUUACGGCACAUAUCACGUCUAUUGAAAGCUACUGAUGGAUACUAAUUCAUUCCAGUAGCACGGCCUUUUGAUCGCAAGUCAGGCCCGUAACCCUCUGGUGACGAGAGAAUUGCUUCUUGAGAGCGCUCCGAUUCAUAGGGGAGGAGUCGGGAGAAGCAAUCUGUCAAAGUCGCUUAGGGAUUAGUCCAGUUUCCAGGCAGCGUUUUCGAAAUUCUAUUCUGCAUGUGACGACUAUUCGAAGGGGCCCAACGCAAUACAAUGCGUAGCGAUUCAACG